AGUGGCGAGCAUGUACAUGUAUUUACUCGUAUCAUUUCAUCCCUAGAAAAAAAACCAAAACAAAAACCAAAACACGUGCAAGGUGUAUCAAACGACUGACUUCGCAAACUUGUUAACUUUUGGCUCUUAAUUGAAAUUAAAUAAAACAAUAGUAUUUUGCACCCACCCAAAAAACAAAUAAUUAAGUACAAUACAAAUAUUCUAUGGGUUUGACGAAACAGUAUUUGGCCUUUCGGCCCGUGGACAGUUUCAACAUCAUUACCAGUGGUAGGGCCAAUGUGAAUUUUGUUAUUUACAAUAGAACUGAAGGACGAUAUGCGCUGGCUGCAGCGGCUGAGAAUGUAAUUGUUUGGGAUUUGCGAUUGGGCGAACGGACUUUGACGUUGCGCCGUGACAAACAGGAGGUAACAGCAAUUCGAGCCUCUCCCGAUCGCAUACAUGUUGCUGUGGGUUAUAUUGAUGGGGUGGUAGAACUAUUUGAUUUGCGAGCUCCAGAGCAGUCUGCAUGUACAUUCGCUUUACAUAAGAGUGCAGUGUCUAUUCUGCGAUUCGACGAAAUGGGCAUUCGAUUGAUAAGCGGCAGCCUUGAUACGGAAUUGGUAGUUGUGGAUAUUGUAGAACAGGCUGGUCGUCAGCGUCUCAUAGGCCACAAUGCCCCAAUAACUGAUGCUCACUUUCUUCAUCGUUUUGGAGAGCAAAAUCUUGUGGUUAGCUGUUCGAAGGACACACAAAUAAAAUUCUGGAAUUUGGAAACCCAGUUCUGUUUCAAAACAAUUGUUGAUAAUCGUACUGAGGUCUGGGCAUUAGCUUUGGUAGGCGAUCUUAUGAUCGCAGGUUGUAGCGAAAGCGCCAUGAACGUUUAUCGUUUACGUCGACGUGACGACCCAACUCAAAGUGUUGAAAAUGCCGUUGAAGGUUUGAGCAUAGACGAUGAAGAUUCUAUUAGCCCUAUAACGGUUACUAAUUGUGGCGCUAUACAACGAGCAGGAAAGGGACGUUGUGUAAAUUUAGUCUCAGAUCAGGCUGAGCGUGUGGUCAGUUGUCAUGGCACAAAUGACCUUAUCGAAAAUUUUUACUUCUGCACUGAGGAGGAAGCUAAAGCGAGGCUAGCUAAGCGUCUGAAAAAAGGACGAAAAGCUGCCGAGCCAAUGGAACACAGUGACAAAGAAAAAGAAGAUUUGAUUUCAAGCCUCAGUGACGAGAUAAAGCGAUUGGAAAGCAUCAAAGUAAAGCAAAAAAUAAAAUCAAUCGACAUAAUACUUGGUGCUCACAAUGAACUGCGUGUGCUCGUUAGUUUGGCAAAUAACUGCCUACAACUAUAUGGUCUUAAUGCUUCGCUAAAAUAUAAACACAAUGAAGAAAGUGUGAAGCAGUUGCGCGCAUUGACGCGUCUUGGUCAUCAAUCAGAGAUGCGUUCUGUAUGCUUUAGUAACGAUUCGUUAGCUAUUGGUUCAGGUGCCGGUGAGUCGUUCAAAUUUUGGAACCGUGAUUCUAUGCAGUGCCUGCGUACUAUACCUACCGAUUACAUAUUGAGCACCACUUUCGUGCCAGGGGAUCGCUAUGCGUUAUUGGGUAUGAAAAACGGAAAGUUGGUGAUAGUUGACGUGGGUGCAGCGGAUAUUAUCGAGGAGAUACCAGCGCAUGAAAGCGAGUUAUGGUCGGUUACGCUAUUGCCAGAUAUGAAAGGCUGUGUGACGGGUAGUAGUGAUUCGACGGUCAAAAUUUGGACUUUUGAAUUGGUAGACAAUGUGGCCACAGAUGAUGGUGGUUUAGUUGAUGUCACGCGACCAAAAGUGCUCUCAUUACUGCACAGAAAUACACUCAAAUUGGAGGAGACUGUUUUGUGUGUACGAGUUUCGCCUGAUAUGAAAUAUCUCGCAGUGGGCUUACUCGAUUCAACAGUAAAAAUUUUUUUCCUUGACACUUUUAAGUUUUAUUUGUCGCUCUAUGGGCAUAAGUUGCCAGUUCUAUGUCUAGAUAUCAGUUAUGAUUCGACAUUGAUAGCCACAGGCUCAGCUGAUCGUAAUAUAAAAAUUUGGGGAUUGGAUUUCGGUGACUGCCACAGAUCCCUUUUUGCGCACGACGACUCAGUAAUGGCUCUGCAGUUCAUACCCAAUACUCAUUUGCUGUUCAGUUGCGGUAAAGAUGGUAAAGUGAAGCAAUGGGAUGCAGACUCAUUCGAAAAGAUUUUGACGCUUCCAGGCCAUAUUGGCGAGGCCUUCAGUUUGGCGGUUAGCCCAAAUGGUAAAUAUCUUGUCACUUGUGGCUCAGACCGCACACUACGUCUUUUCGAGCGCACUGAUGAACCGAUAGUGUUAAAAGACGUACAAGAAGAAGAACGUGAAGAGCUGGAAAAUCAACAACUCGCUACGGGCGAAGAUAGUGCAGUACCUCAACUACCUGGCCUAAAGUUACCCUCGCGCAAAACUAUAUAG